CGAGACAUGGCCCAUAUAAUGUCCCCCAAACAAACAUCUCGGUUGAUUCUAAUGCCUCCGAUAGCCGUCUCUGGGACUGUCCCAACCGCGGUCUUUUCGUGGGCUAGAGCGAAAUCUUCUACGUAGUACUACGCUACCCAGGUAGUAUACCCGGUUUUUAUGUGUAACUCAUCUUGCUAGACCCACCUCUCUCUCCACCAACCGUGACCUUUUCAGAAAUAUUUUCUUUCCUCCCAUUCCUAUAUCUUCCUCGAGGAAAGUUUCCUUUGAAGGCUUAUGUUCAUAUUGUUUUCACUUCGUUUCUGUCAGCGAUAUAAUUUACCAUGUCCCAAUCGGAUGAUGCUAUCAACCCUAGCCCUGAUGGGGGAAAGAAGGGAAGUUUGGGUUCUAAUGAGGAUGUUGAGCGGCAGGUGAUCUCGGGAACACCUGUACUCAAAAGAAAACUCAAGAGUCGACAUUUACAAAUGAUUGCCAUAGGUUUGUAUUUCUCUGCAUCUCCGAAAAGUUCUGGCUAAACAGUCAAAGGUGGUACUAUUGGCACUGGUUUGUUCAUUGGAUCCGGAGGUGCAAUCGCAAAAUCUGGACCAGCUGGGGCUCUUAUUGCAUACAUAUUUGUAGGAACUAUUGUCUACUCUGUAAUGCAAUCAAUCGGUGAAAUGGCAACAUAUAUUCCCAUUUCCGGAGCUUUCACAUCUUAUGCUACAAGAUUCGUCGACCCUAGUUUGGGCUUUGCUAUGGGCUGGAUUUACUGGUUUUCUUGGGCCAUGACGUACGCCCUCGAGCUUACAGCUACGGGAUUGAUCAUUCAGUAUUGGAAUAAGGAUUUAUCGAUUGCUAUUUUCAUUGCUGUUUUCUGGGUCGUUAUUACCGCCCUCAAUUUCCUCCCGGUCAGUUUCUACGGAGAAACGGAAUUUUGGUUUUCUAUGAUCAAAGUCCUCACAGUCAUUGGAUUUCUCAUCUUUGGAAUCUGUAUCGACGCUGGAGCCGGGCAAAAUGGUUAUCUCGGAUUUGAGACUUGGGAAACCCCGGGUGCUUUUGCUCCAUAUCUGAUUGAGGGAAACGACAAACUCGCCAAAUUCGUCGGGUUUUGGGCCGUUCUGAUUCAAGCAGGGUUUUCAUAUCAAGGAACCGAACUCGUCGGUAUCGCAGCUGGGGAGACAGAAAACCCGCGCAAAAAUGUCCCGGCGGCAAUCAAAAAGACUUUUGUUCGAAUUCUAUUCUUUUUCGUCUUCAGCAUCUUCUUCAUUGGCCUCUUAGUUCCAUACGACAACCCAGAUCUACUCUCUGGUGGAUCUGAUGCCUCGUCUUCGCCUUUUGUCAUAGCAGCCAAACUCGCCGGGGUGAAAAGCCUCCCAGGACUCAUCAACGCCGUCCUACUCUUCGUUGUUUUAUCCGCUGCAAAUUCCAACGUCUACUCGGGGAGUCGUAUUCUUGUUGGGCUUGUCAACGAUGGAUCCGCGCCUAAAUUUCUAAGACGUACAUCCAAGAAAGGUGUCCCGUAUGCAGCAGUAGCCUGCACCGCAGCAUUCGGACUUCUCGCCCUUCUUAAUCUCUCCAACAGCGGAGCAGUAGUCUUCAACUGGUUCAUCAACAUCUCUGGCGUAGCCGGAUUCAUAACUUGGGCGUGUAUAAAUCUCAGUCACAUCAUGUUCAUGCGGGCACUCUCCGCUCAGGGUGUUCCUCGCAACACAUUGCCUUACGAAUCAAUGUGGCAACCAUUCUUCUCCUACUACGGUUUAUUCUUCAAUGUUCUCAUUCUUUUCACCCAAGGAUUUACAGCUUUCAUUCCUUGGAGCACAGAAAAUUUCUUCAUCGCUUAUAUCAGUUUGAUACUGUUUGUGGUGCUAUUUGUCGGACAUAAAGUUCUUAUGAAGACGAGUCGCGUGAGGAGUUAUGUGGCGGAUAUUGAUACAGGUUGCUUGAUUCAUGAUGAUACUACUUGGAGUAUUGAGAUUCCUACUACGAUUUGGGGAAAGUUCUGGGCUUGGAUUAAUUAGGUGUUUAUGUAUUGUUAUUUGUGUACCUGGAGCACGGAGUCUUGGAGUUCUUGAGUAUCUUAGAGCCUUAUGAUAAUUUAAUGCUUAAAUAUACACCAAUAUUUCUGGUA